AUGUUGCAAAAUUGUUACAGAACCUUGGGGUUGGUGGGAAAACUUAUUGUUGCCGAACAAAACACUAUUGCACAUAGCUUAAGAAAUUCCAUUGCCUUUACAACACCAAUGACCCCAAAUUUUCUCGUUCCCAUUCGCCUCAAACACCAUCAACAACUGGACUAUUCGCGUUACCCCAAACUAAUUGAAGAGGAAUUAGAAGAGACCUUUACUCGUGGCAGUGGACCUGGUGGCCAGGCCGUUAACAAGACAUCCAAUUGUGUGCUACUACGUCACAUACCCACAAACAUUGUUGUCAAAUGUCACAUACACCGAUCAGCCCACAAGAACCGACAAGAAGCUCGCAAAAUUUUACUCGACAAAUUAGAUUCCCAUUUUAAUGGGGAAUUUUCCAUACAGGCACAAUUAAAGGCCAUAGAGGGUAAAAAAUCAGCCGAGCGAAAAAGAAGACAAAACAAAUUGCAGGAAAUGAAACAAAAGUGGAAAGAACGUGAACAACAGGAGACGGCGAAUGAUAAUAAAAACAAUUGAAAAUCCCUAGGUAUUGAAAGAAAUAAAAACUACAAAU